UGGGUGACCGUGUCUAUCUUCUCUACAGGUAACCAGGCAUUGAUGCACCCCCAGGAAGGCCACGUGCUCAAGGAGGCCACCCGCGCUGGCUGCUGCUCACAUGGUGUCUGGGCCCCUGGCACUCCGGUGGUGUGCGUGGGCAGGGCGCGGGGACAUGGGGCCCGAUAUGGAGCUGCCCAGCCACUCAAAGCAGCUCCUGCUGCAGCUGAACCAGCAGAGGACCAAGGGCUUCCUGUGUGAUGUCAUCAUCAUGGUGGAGAACUCCAUUUUCCGGGCACACAAGAAUGUUCUGGCCGCCAGCAGCAUCUAUUUCAAGUCUCUGGUCCUGCAUGACAACCUCAUCAACCUGGACACAGACAUGGUCAGUUCUACGGUGUUCCAGCAGAUCCUGGACUUCAUCUACACGGGCAAGCUGCUGCCCAGCGACCAACCAGCUGAGCCCAACUUCAGCACCCUCCUCACUGCCGCCAGCUACCUCCAGCUGCCUGAGUUGGCUGCCCUCUGCCGCCGCAAACUUAAGCGAGCCGGUAAGCCCUUCAGUUCUGGGCGAGCAGGGACUGCUGGCAUGGGGCGGCCUCCCCGUAGCCAGCGACUGACCACGGCCUCUGUCAUCCAGGCUCGUUAUCCAGGGCUUGUGGACGGGCGCAAGGGGGCCCACACCCCCCAGGAGCUCCCCCAGGCCAAAGGCUCAGACGAUGAGCUCUUCCUUGGUGGCUCCAACCAGGAGAGCCUGCAUGGCCUGGGCCGAGGCAUCUGCCCAGCUAGUGGGGAAGUGGGCUUGGGGGGCUGCAGCAGCACCAAUGGGAGCAGUGGGGGCUGCGAGCAGGAGCUGGGCCUGGACCUGUCCAAGAAAAGUCCACCCCUGCCCCCUGCCACCCCUGGCCCCCACCUCACUCCCGAUGACCCGGCCCAACUGAGUGACAGCCAGCAUGACUCGCCCCCUGCGGCCUCUGCUCCUCCUGUUGCCAACAGUGCCUCUUACACGGAGCUGGGGGGCACCCCCGGUGAGCCCAUGGAUCUGGAGGGGGCAGAGGACAACCACCUGAGCCUGCUGGAGGGGCCUGGUGGGCAGCCUCGGAAGAGCCUCCGGCACUCGGCCCGCAAGAAGGAAUGGAGCAAGAAGGAGCCCGUGGCCAGCUCCCCCUUUGAGCGGAGAGAAACAGGGCCCAAGGGUCCCUGCCCGGGGGAGGAGGGUGAGGGGCUUGGAGACAGGGUUCCCAAUGGCAUCCUGGCUGGUGGCAGUGGCCCCAGUGGGCCCUAUGGGGAGCCCCCUUACCCCUGCAAGGAGGAGGAGGAGAAUGGCAAGGAUGGGAGUGAAGACAGUGGGCAGAGCGGGAGUGAAGGGGGCAGCGGCCACACGGGUGCCCACUACAUGUACCGGCAAGAGGGCUACGAGACAGUGUCAUAUGGGGACAACCUGUAUGUGUGCAUUCCCUGCGCCAAGGGCUUCCCCAGUUCCGAGCAGCUCAAUGCGCAUGUGGAGACGCACACGGAGGAGGAGCUGUUCAUCAAGGAGGAGGGAGCCUAUGAGACAGGCAGCGGGGGCGCUGAGGAGGAGGCUGAGGACCUGUCAGCACCCAGCACAGCCUAUGCCGCGGAGCCUCGGCCCUUCAAGUGCUCUGUCUGCGAGAAGACCUACAAGGACCCCGCCACACUGCGGCAGCAUGAGAAAACACACUGGCUGACGCGGCCCUUCCCCUGCAACAUCUGUGGCAAGAUGUUCACGCAGCGCGGCACCAUGACACGUCAUAUGCGGAGCCACCUGGGCCUGAAGCCUUUUGCCUGCGAUGAGUGCGGCAUGCGCUUCACCCGCCAGUAUCGCCUUACUGAGCACAUGCGUGUGCACUCAGGCGAGAAGCCCUACGAGUGCCAGCUGUGCGGGGGCAAGUUCACCCAGCAGCGCAACCUCAUUAGCCACCUGCGCAUGCACACCUCCCCCUCCUAGAAGCCAAAGACCCGAGGGCACCCUCUGCAGACUUGCCCCUCCCCCCCAGCCAUGGAAGGAGAAGCAAGG